UUAUUACACAUCGACGUAUAAUUUUCAACGACAUUGAAUAAUAACAUUUAAAAGUAUUUAUAAAAAAAAUAAAAUUAAAAAAAAAUGUGUUUAAAUUAAUUAGAUAUUCGUUGUUCUUUUUUUGAAUUUUGACAUUAAAUAAUAGUUUGUAAAAGAGAUAAUAAUUAUGCGUUAAUUAUGACGGGAAAGUUGUGUUUAUUGUUUUUGUUGUUUUCGUGUGUGGAUUGUAUGAAGAAAUAUGUAAUGUAUGACUACGAUGUGAGCGAAGAGGACCUGUAUGAGAAUAGUGCAGUGAUUGGUAGCCAUACAUUAAUGAAUUCGACAUUGUACAAGACAAUUUUUAGAUAUUACUGUCUAAGUGACUACCACGAAAACGAGGACUUAUUAAUAUACGGAACCAAGUCAUGGACAUUUCCACAACAAGAUAUCAACCUCACAUUGUCUUAUCCAAGUGCGUUUCAAUCAGAUAAACAAACGGACUACAUAGAAGAGUACUGGAUCACAGGAUUCAACGUGUUAUUGUUUGUAGACAGUACAGAGAGUCAGGGUUACAUCAACCACGGUGGAAUAAUGCAGGACUCGAUAAGUUUGACAUUCGUGUGUCCGAAUGUGAACAUGCUUCAGUACCAAUUCUGGCUGUACGGAGUGGCGAAAUCGUCGGAGAAAAUUGAAUCGAGCAGCCUACUUCAAAGCGACAUGUGUUAAUAAAUUAUACAUUAAUA